AUGAGUACCAAACGGAAACUAACGACUUUAACUCUAAGUGAAAAAUUUAACGUUAUCAAAGCGGUAAACAGUGGCAUGAAGAAAAAAGACGUGGCAGCUUACUAUGGAAUAGCAGCAAGCACUCUUUCUGCAAUAAUUAAUAAUGAAGCUGAAAUAUUGCUACGGUAUGAAUCAAGUACCAAUUUGUCUUGCAAAAGGAGACGACUAGCCGAGUUUCCUGAUUUAGAGGAAUGCUUAGUAAGCUGGUUCAAACAGUGUCAUGAUAAAAACAUACAUGUAUGUGGGCAGAUAUUACGCGAAAAAGCCAAAGAGUUUUCAAAAUCGCUGGGACACAGUUCUUUUCGGGCCAGCAAUGGUUGGUUGACAAAUUUUAAGAAGCGUCAUGAACUUGUGUUUAGGAAAAUUUGCGGUGAAAGUGCAAGUGUGAAUAACGAGAUAUUAAAACGAGGUAUUUGA